CUCUGGUUCAACAUCGUCUAAAUGAUUGGCCUGAUAUGUGUAGGUGACGAAUGAUCCAUGAAGAUCACCAUCUCUGAAAUUUCUCUCAUUCGAUAGAAGGGAACAUCGUUGCGGCGCUUGGAAGGUUAUUCUAUUGAUCUUCUUUCGCGUCCAUGCAUAUUAACAACGUGUCAUUCUCGGUUUCCAUUGUUCUUUCCCUGGUUCAGCAAUAUCGCUUCGACCUCUGUGGCUCCGAGGGUGAAAACGAGGUUGCCGUUGUCAAUGGUCCACGAGCAUUUAGCUAAAAAGGCGUCUCCCUGAUCUACAGCUAGUUGCCACUUUUCCAUCCGCCCCCAUCAUCACUUGCUCCUCUGCUUUUCUUUCACCAUGCCCUGCUGUGAUUUCGCCUGUGGCAACGACGCUCAUACGUAUCAUUUCCCCCCAACCCAAUACCAGCGCACGUCUCUAGACAUGCAUACUCUACACUACUCCUACGCAGGGGAUGGAGAUACCAUGGCUGAAUCGAGUUAUGGUGCAGAGGAUUGCAGCUGGUCCGGGUCGGGCUCGGAAGGUGGUGAGUACGUUUACUCCAACAACGGGCAACCCACGGACGAGAGUAUGACCGGCGAUUACCGCCAACCAUACAACGAAUACGUUUAUUCUCACCACUACCCAAAUUCCGGCAUGUCUACUACCCAAAGCUCUUUUCUUCCAGUAGCUUCCACCAGUUACUCUCCAAUUACGCCACAGUUCGAAGCACAAUCCGUCACGUCUUCGACCAUCUCGUCGUCUUUUAUGCACGCGACUGGACAACCCCCUUCCUAUGAUAGCCCUUCUUUGUCCUAUUCUUGCGCGGAGGAAGUAAAAUCCAACAUAAUGUUCGCGGAUACUUCAUGCGAUGAUAUGAUCCCAGACGAUGCAGAAACGUAUCACGAUGUUAAUGACUCUCCCGGUGGCGUAUGGAUGCCCGAGAUGAAUCAGAACUUCGUACAGUCAAAUCCGUUUCCAGAAAAUUAUGACGCAGCAGCCGCCUCGAGACCCGAGGAAUCUGGAUUUUGGACCAAGGAAAUGCAGUAUCCUCAUAUGCAACAGACACCCGACGAACCGCUUCUUCAGCAGUGGUUCAUAUCCUCCAACCCUCAGGACCCGAGUGCUUAUUAUCAUUCUUACCCUGCCGGGAUCGAUUGCUUGUAUCCAACGCAUUUGUCCGCUGACACAAGUAAUACUCCCUCAGAUUUUACAUCUUCCGGGUCACCGCUAUCCCCUUUGGAGUUCGAAACAUGCCAUUCCGACGUAUCUUCGACGAUUUCUCCUGAUACCCACUUAGCUCCACUUCCUGCUUUUACAUCCUCUUCGGUGCUACCUGCACGAAAUUUGCUUCCCAUCAUCCAUGCACCACGUCCAACGCGUACGAUAGACUCAACCUACUUCGAACGGUUAAUUGCUGCUUCUGAGAUUUCGAACGACUGGCAUUGAAUUUUCCGCUUCUUUGCAAUCGAUUUUUUAAAUGUUCCGUUUCAUGAUGCUUGCUCUCAUCAUGCGACAACCCUGUCACCUUGCUUCGGAAUGCCACAACUAAGUAUUAACUUCAUGACUUGCUAGAACUACCUUGAUGGCUAUCACAGUUACAUAUGAGGCAUUGUAAAUAUCACCUGCAUAGUAGUAUGUACAUAAUCAUUA